AUGGAGAGUUUCAACUUAAUGAGGUGGAAUGUUAGAGGGUUAAAUAAGAGGAAUAAGCAGAUGCCCAUCUUAGAUAUCUGCGGGUUGAAUAAAGUUUGUAUUGGGGCUCUCCUUGAAACAAAAAUUAAAGGAGAGAAGCUUAAGGAAGUUAUGGGUACUAGUUUUACAGGUUGGGAUUACUAUAGUAGUUCGAGAUUGGAGGGUAGAAUUCUUUUGAUUUGGAAGGCUUGCUGGGUUAAAAUUGAAGCUAUAAAGGAUCAUGAUCAAUUUAGUCAUUGUAGGGUUCGACUUUGUACUACAGACCAAGACUUUUGCCUUACAGUUGUUUAUGGCUCAAACCAGCUGGAGGCCAGGAGAUCUCUUUGGACUGAGUUAGCCAAUUUAACUUUCCCUAUUAAACCUUGGCUAAUUGUAGGUGAUUUUAAUGCAGUUUUUGAUUCAAAAGAUAGAAUGGGAGCUAGGGCUAUAACAAUGAAAGAGCUAGAAGAUGCUAGACAUUGGAUUGAUCUUGGCAUGGUGGAAGAAAUGAAGAUAAUGGGUUCGUUUUAUACUUGGUCGAACAAUCAGGAAGGGGGAAAUCAUAUCUUCUCCAAGUUAGACAGGGUGUUCUUCAAUGAGGAUUGGCUGGAUUCUUUUCCUAAUGUCAGUGCAGUUGCGAAUUGGGAGGUAGUUUCAGAUCACUGUGUUAUCCUUUUGAAGCAAUUAUCAGUCCAAAAGAGGGUUUUCAACCGUUUCAUUUCUACAAUAUGUGGAUUGGCCAUCCUCAAUUCAAGCCAACAGUCUUGGCUAACUGGAGAUGUUUUCAGAAAGUAUGAGGAAAGUAAAAGAGCUUAUCAACAAGCUAAAUCCACUCUUUUCUCAGACCCGAAGAAUCACAGUUUAUGUUUGGUUGAAAGGUCCUCUUUUCUGGAGUUUAAGAAGCAGGAGAAAAUAUAUGCCGGUUUUCUUUAUCAGAAGAGUAAGAUAGAUUGGCUCCGUUUUGGUGAUGAAAGCUCUUCAAUGUUUUAUGCUAGUAUGAAGAAAAGGAAAAUUAACAACAGGAUAGUGUCUUCUGUAACUGAAGGAGGCAGAGUAGAAGAUAACUACCCAAAGGUGAUUAACCACUUUGUUCAACAUUUUCAGUCUUUCUUGGGUUGCUCAAGUAAAACUUCAGGUCAUAUAGAUUCUUCAAUAAUAGACUUGGGUCCGAUUAUGAACUUUGAAGAUCAAUUGGAGCUGAUUAAGCCUUUCUCUUAUCAAGAUGUCAAAACUGCCAUGUUUAGUAUAAAUGCUAUCAAAAGCCCUGGUCCAGAUGGUUUUGGAGCUGGUUUCUUUAAAAGUCUAUGGACAGACAUAGGGAAAGAGGUGUCUAAGGCAGUUCUUGAGUUCUUUGACACAGGAUAUAUUCCUAAGUCUUUGAAUAGUACUAUUUUAGCUCUCAUUCCUAAGGUUGAUCAUCCUACAAAUGCUACUAAGUAUAGACCUAUUGCUUGUUGUGCUACUAUGUACAAAUGCAUCUCAAAAAUGCAUUAUCACAGACUGAUUUAUGUUCUUCCUAAGUUGAUCAAUCAGAAUCAAGGGGCUUUUAUUAAGAAUAUAUCUCUUGCUCAUAAUGUCCUUAUUCUUCAAGAUCUAAUUAAGGGUCAUAAUAGAAGACAAAGUUCUCCUCGAUGCUUGAUGAAGAUAGAUAUCAGUAAAGCCUAUGAUUCCAUAGACUGGGAUUUUUUUAGAGAACAUGCUGAAAGCAUUCAGAUUUCCUGGCCGUUUCAUUAG